UAUGAAUGAUGAAUAAUUCUCUAACACAAAAACAACACAAACAUCCAAAAAAAAACACCACCCAAAAAAUCAGCAAGAGGUGAAGCCAAAAGUACCUAAAAUUAAAUUAAAUUAAUCUCACUUUCAUUAAUUAAUAAUCAAUCUCCUCUCUUUAUGUUUUUUCUCUUUUCUUAAAGCAAUAAAUAAAUAAAUAAAUAAAUAAAUAAUAAUAACUUAGCCGAUUAUUUCAAAUCUUCACAUUCACAGUUUUUCAGUUUAGUGAGAGAAACAACUAGAGAGAGAAACACAGAGAGAGAAAGAGAAGCUACAAUGGCGGUCUCAGUCCCCAUCUUGGCCAUAGUCGUCUCACUACACCUCAUAGCUUUUGUUUUCGCUGUUGGAGCAGAACGACGCCGUAGCACGGCUAAGGUGGUGCCUGAUCAGUACGAUGAGUACACAUUCUGCCGUUAUGAUUCGGAUGCUUCGACGGUGUACGGAUUAUCGGCGUUUGGUUUGCUUCUCUUGAGCCAAACGGUACUUAACGGUGUUACUCGGUGUCUUUGUUUUGGAAGAGGCUUAGUUACUGGUAGAACCACUACUUGUACAGUCUUCUUCUUCAUCGUUUCUUGGACAAGCUUUUUAGGGGCAGAGGCGUGCUUAUUGGCAGGUUCGGCGAAAAAUGCAUACCAUACCAAGUACAGAGGAGUUUUUAGAGUUGAUCAUGUGUCGUGUGCAACCUUAAGAAAGGGUGUUUUUGCUGCUGGAGCUGCUCUUACAUUGUUGUCACUUCUGGGGUCUGUUUUUUACUACUGGGCACACUCUAAAGCUGAUACUGGUGGAUGGCAAAAGCAUCAAAACGAAGGCGUUGGAAUGACCAAUUCUGACUAUGGACAACAUCAGCAGCACCCGCACCCACACCCACACCCACAGCAGCAGCACGCCAAUGAAUUCCAGAAAGUGUAAUAAUUUGUUAUGAUCUGAUGUUUAGUAGGUUAGUUUUUCAAUUUUACAGUUUUGGAGAUAUCUAUUAACUAAAAAUCACAUAGAUGAUAUAUCAAAAUGUUACUUUAUGGGCUAUAGAUGGUGAAAAAGAAAUGUUCUGUUCUAGCAUUUCAUAUUGUGGAUGUUGGGAAUUAUAUAUAAUAUAGUUGUGCUAUGUUGCUUUUGUCUA